AGGUCUUUAACGAACCCACAGAGAUGUCUUCUACAUUCGUAUGACCCUUCUGUUCCCAUAGAUCUCUCGCAGACUUCCCAGCAAACCCUAUAGUUCUCCGGUUCCACGCCUGCCUCGUUUCUUGUAGGAUUUCUUUUGGCUCCUCUCUCAUCCGCGGCCGAGAACGGAGAUGUACGCGGAUCAGAUAUCGGCGGGACGCAAGCGAUCCAUUAAAGAGCGCCUGCACGGGGAUCUCGGGGGCGAUGUCGGCCGUUCUAGUGUCGUAGCGGCCAAAAGGCAACGGCAAAGUGAUGACAAAUGGAAGCAUGAUCUUUAUGAGGAUGACAGGCGACCUGAAGCUUCCAAAUCUGUUGAUCCCACUGAUCUUAGAUGGAAGCUUCAGAAGAAAGGUUCUCAACAAGGUUACCAAAGUGGAAAGGCAUCUGUAGUCCGAGAUCUUCGUGACAAACUCUCUGGUACAAUGCAGUCACAACCACCAAAUAUUGAUCCUUCAAAGGCUAAACGAGUAUCAGAAAUUUCUGGAACCAUUAAGAAAAGUCUCCGACAUGAUCCACCUAAACCAGAAGCAAAGAAACCGACCAACUCAACUGUUGGAAAUUCAUCUAAGCGCAAGUCUGAGUCGUUGGUAGAUGGAUUCCUACAGUCUUUGGGCCUAGAAAAAUAUUCAAUUACAUUCCAGGCAGAAGAGAUUGACAUGGCAGCUCUCAAGCAUAUGAAUGAUGAGGAUCUCAGGGCUCUUGGAAUUCCAAUGGGUCCAAGAAAGAAGAUAUUGUUGGCCUUGGAGUCCAAAUUGUAGUGUGCCGGCCAUCUUAUAAGAGACUCUCAUGAGUUAAAUGUGCUGUUUUUGAGCCUCUUUUACACAAUUGUAUGUGGAAGGUUCUUCAUAUUGGAAAUUCUAAUGAACGAACUUUCGGUGAUGCA